AUGAGAGCUUUUGGAGUGGAUUUUACUCACCAUAGUGGAGAUGGGCUUGAUAGAGUUAGAAAAGGAUUAUUACAAUACGGUGUAACUGGAUUUUGUCCUACUAUUGUCUCAACAACCAGUUCAAAUUACCAUGAAAUAUUACCAAAGUUCAAACGUUGUCAUGGUAAUGAACAAGGAGCUGCCGUUUUAGGGGCACAUGUUGAAGGUCCAUUCAUUAAUAGUCUAAAACAUGGGGCACAUAGUAUUUCUAAUAUAAAAACCUUUGAAAAUUCUAAUUUAACAGAUACUUAUGGUAGCUUAGAUAAUAUAGUAAUAGUUACUCUAGCUCCUGAACUUAAUGGUUCAAUGGAGAUAAUAAAACUAUUAUCUAACAACGGGAUYGUAGUAUCAUUAGGACAUACAUCAUCAGAUAUGGAAACUAGUAUACAAGCAGUAAAAAAUGGAGCUACAUUUAUUACACAUUUAUUUAAUGCAAUGCUUUCUUUUCAUCAUAGAGAUCCAGGAUUGAUUGGACUAAUAGCAUGUCCACCUAAUGUUGAGAAGCCAUUAUUUUUUGGUAUUAUAGCUGAUGGUACUCAUACACAUCCAGCAACAUUAAAAAUAGUCCAUAAAGUCAACCCAAAAGGACUUGUAUUAGUAACAGAUGCAUUGUCAGCCAUUGGACUGCCAGAUGGAAUUCAUCACUUGGGUGAUAAGCAGAUUGAAGUAAAGAAUUCAAAAGCAUACAUAGCAAAUACAAAUACAUUAUGUGGUAGUGUGACUUCUUUAGAUGAAUGUAUGAGAUAUUUUAUUAAAUCAACAAAUUGUAGUGUUGCUGAAGCAAUUGAGACAAUAACCUUACAUCCAGCUCAAGUUUUAGGUAUUCAACAAUUUAAAGGCACACUUAACUAUGGAGCUGAUGCUGAUUUUGUUUUUUUGGGGCGUGAAUUGAAUGUUCAAUCGACUUGGAUCAAUGGACAAUGUGUGUUUGAACAUAAUAGUGGACCUGGUUAUAUCGUGAAAAAAACUACAUAAUUAUUUUUUAGUAAUUACU